AUGGAAUCCAACGAAAAAUCAACUGGCAGCGUGACCUCUGACUGCAGGGGCCAGCCCGUUCAAGAUCGCCCGAGUUACACCGUUGUACAAAAUGAAAUGUUCCCUGACAAAGACCAACGCAUUAUAAUCGACAGUAAAGGUUCCAGUACUUCUCUAGGCAGGUUGAGAAGACCGAAAUUCGGCGCGAGGUGUCUUCGUGCCCACCACACGCACCUCUUAGCCCAUGGCCGCGAGGCGGGGGCGUCGCCUGAGCCGGGUCGCGGGCUGUCGCGCCAACUACAUGCAUACACAGAUAAUAAGUACUUAAUGUACACCAUACCAACUACAGAUAAGCAACCCACAAUAUCUUCUUCGGCACCAUCGUGGGGGCCUCGACAGCGACAGUGUUUGGGGCGCGCGCUCCACAAAUUACAGGAGGGGGAGGGGGAGGGGGAGGCGGGCGUGUCCGCCGACGGCGCCGAGCGACGCGGUCGAGGGCGCAGCCUGUCCGUCCGUCCGUCCGUCCGCACGCUGGCCCGCCUGCCCGCGCCGCGCCGCGGUGUGAUGCGCGCGUCGGGAAUAGAGAUCGCAUCAGCGCCGCGCGGCCCCACGCGCCGGCCCGCACGCACCGCCCGCACGCACAGCCCGCGGCGUCGCGACAGCCGCUGCCGCCGCACGCGCAUUCACGUUGCUUUUUUACUUCUUUCUUUUCCACACAUAAAGCAAGUGGAUGAAUGGACCACGAUUCGCAUUCAGGCAUCCCCAGACAACCGGUUCCGCCCGGGGUUUGCUCGGAGGGUUUCGGGCAUUUUCGCCCCGCGCCCCGCGUGGCCGCCACUCCGCUCUCACGGCGCCCGCAACGAGCAGCAUCGGCCAGGGAGAGGCCGGGAAGAGCACCUAACUCACUUGGCGGCGCCCUGCAGCAGCUCGUGCAACCCACGAACACGGGACGUGAGAGCUACGCUCCGAGCCGGGCGAGUGCCAUCAAUGCCGGGGGUCGUGGGAGGGUGGAACGGAGCUCGCUGCCUUUCGGGCCGCCCGCCCGCGCCCGCGCCCGGGCCAGCGCCAGCGCCUUUUGCGCGCGAUGACGCGUGCGCGCAGGUCGGCGCUCGGCCGGCCUCGCACAAGCCUAACCUAAAUUACUCGCCGAAAGGUGACUCAUUCGAAUUAGCAGGCCGAAUAAAGCGUGAACUUGCUCGGCCGCCAUCACUGUGCGGAGACAGACACGAGGAGGAACAUAAAGUGUAG